UGCACUGCCAAAGGUCAUGUUUAAUAUUCAUUUUCGAGUCUCUCUAAUAAUAUUUGCAUCAGCAUUGCUGCUGUACAACACUAACGGUGCAGAUUCGAGUACUAAAAUCAGUAAUGGCUACCGUCUGAUCUCCAUUCAAGAGUCCCCUGAUGGAGGCUUUGUAGGCUACCUCCAAGUCAAACAAAAGAACAUCAUCUAUGGCCCUGAUAUCCCUCUCUUACAACUCUAUGUUAAGCAUGAAACAGAUGGGAGACUAAGGGUGCAUAUAACUGAUGCAGAUGAGCAAAGAUGGGAAGUUCCAUACAAUCUCCUGCCCAGAGCCCAACCACCCAACAUCAAGCCCAUUUAUAGGUCCAGAAAGAGGCCCACAGUAACUUCAGAGUACUCAAAUACUGAGCUAAUUUUCAGCUACACUACUGACCCAUUUGGUUUUGCAGUGACAAGAAAAUCUAACAGAGAGACCCUUUUCAAUUCCUCAGGCCCAUUUAACAGUUUAGUUUUCAAGAAUCAAUAUCUAGAAAUAUCAACCCAAUUGCCUAAAGAGGCUUCAAUAUAUGGCUUAGGAGAAAACACACAGCCCAAUGGAAUUAAACUCAAGCCCAAAGACCCUUACACAUUGUAUGCAACAGACAUACCUGCAUGUAACCUUAACACAGAUCUUUAUGGGUCACAUCCUGUGUAUAUGGACUUGAGAAAUGUGGGCCAACUGGCCAAAGCCCAUGCAGUUUUGCUGCUGAAUAGUAAUGGAAUGGAUGUGGUUUAUACUGGGACUUCAUUGACAUAUAAGGUGAUUGGAGGUGUUCUGGACUUCUACUUCUUUGCAGGCCCAACUCCACUUGCUGUUGUGGAUCAGUACACUGAGUUUGUGGGCCGGCCUGCUGCAAUGCCAUACUGGUCACUAGGUUUUCACCAAAGCAGAUGGGGCUACCGCAAUUUGUCUGAAGUCGAAACGACUGUUGAGAGCUACAAGAAGGCUCGAAUUCCGCUUGAUGUGAUCUGGAAUGAUGAUGAUACCAUGGAUUCCUACAAAGACUUUACACUUAAUAAUGUUGCCUACCCUCAUAAAAAAUUAUUGGCAUUUUUGGAAAAAUUACAUUCUCAGGGAAUGAAGUACAUUGUUUUAAUUGAUCCAGGUAUUAGUGUCAAUUCUACUUAUGAUGUUUUCCAGAGAGGCCUGGCAAAUGAUGUGUUUAUCAAAUAUCAUGGCAAGCCUUAUCUAGCACAAGUAUGGCCUGGAGCUGUAUACUUUCCGGACUUUCUGAAUCCUAAAACUGUUUCAUGGUGGGGAGAUGAAAUAAAGAGAUUUCAUGAGCUUAUUCCUGUUGAUGGUCUCUGGAUUGACAUGAAUGAGGCUUCAAAUUUCUGCUCAGGGUUGUGCACGAUUCCUGAGGGUAAGAAGUGUCCUUCUGAAGCUGGACCGCGUUGGGACUGCUGUCUAGACUGCACGAACCUAACAGGGACAAGAUGGGACAAUCCGCCUUACAAGAUAAAUGCUUCUGGAAUGGUGGAGGCACUUGGAUUUAAAACAAUUGCAACUAGUGUUAGACAUUAUAAUGGAGUAUUGGAGUAUGAUGCUCAUAGUCUUUAUGGAUUUUCUCAAGCUAUGGCGACUCACAAGGCGCUUAAAGGUAUUCAAGGCAAGCGUCCAUUCAUACUGACACGAUCCACUUUUGUUGGCUCUGGUCAUUAUGCUGCUCAUUGGACUGGUGACAACAAUGCUACAUGGGAGGAUCUCCGGUAUUCAAUUUCAACCAUAUUGAAUUUUGGCAUUUUUGGUGUUCCAAUGGUGGGAUCAGAUAUAUGUGGUUUCUACCCUGCACCCACCGAAGAGCUUUGCAAUCGUUGGAUUGAGCUUGGUGCUUUCUAUCCCUUUUCCAGAGAUCAUGCAAAUUACUAUUCUCCUAAACAAGAGCUUUAUCAAUGGAAAUCAGUUGCUGAAUCUGCUCGAAAUGCUCUAGGUUUGAGGUAUAAACUCCUCCCAUAUCUGUACACGUUGACAUACGAAGCACAUAUCAGUGGAGCUCCCAUUGCACGCCCCCUUUUCUUCUCAUUUCCCCAAUGUACCAUAUGUAAUGAACUGAGCACACAGUUCCUGCUAGGAAGUAGUCUCAUGGUCUCACCGGUGCUCGAGCCAAAUAAAACAAAGGUUAAUGCUUUUUUCCCUCCAGGUACUUGGUACAACAUGUUUGAUAUGUCACAUGCCAUUGUCUUACAAGAAGGCCAAUAUGUAUCACUCGACGCUCCAUUACAUGUUAUCAAUGUCCAUGUUUAUCAAAAUGCCAUCAUUCCGAUGCAGCAAGGUGGAUUAACAUCGAAAGAAGCUAGAAAGACUCCCUUUAGCCUUGUAGUGACCUUCCCUGCAGGGGCCACGAAUAGCAAAGCCUCGGGGAAUUUAUUCAUUGAUGAAGAUGAGUUACCAGACAUGGGACUUGGAAAUGGCUUCUCGACAUACAUAGACUUCCAUGCAACUGUCAGCAAAGGAAAGGCUAAAUUAUGGUCACAUGUCAAGGGGCCUAAGUUUGCGUUAGACAAAGAUUGGAUUAUUGAGAAAGUUACAGUAUUAGGAUUGAAUGGAGUUGGAGGCACAUUUGGUGUUGAAGUUGAUGAUGUUGCUGUCGACGUAUCAAGUGUGGUUAUAACAACAGGAAAUAAUGAUCGAAAUAGUGGUAAUGUUACCAGAAAGAGUAUGAUGAUUGAGAUUAAAGGUCUGAAAUUGGCAGUGGGGAAAAAGUUUAUAAUGUCAUGGAAAUGGUGAUUAAAAAACUAAACCAUUUUGUUUGAUAUAU